AUCAUUAGAGUCUCACCUGCUGGAAGUGGUAGAGCUGUAGCACCCACAGCUCUCUGAAUGAAGUGUUUCAUGAUACAGCAUGUGACUGGUGACCUGUAAAUGCUACCUUCUGACUGAACAGCUUUGAGAGGGCAUAAAAUAGACUGGGGCUAGAAUCAAGAAAAUGAUGGAGGCUUCCAGAAGACUAAUCUGACAGCAAAGACAAUAACACUAACCCAAAAGCGUUACAGGUCUGUGAGUGGCCUCGGAGCAAGGUGGGCGGAACAACAAGCACUCAGGGCAGGAGGCGGGGCCUGCAUUGAAGUCUGAGCUGGAACUGGGAGUAAGCACGCAGGAAAGUUUUGUGUUUCUAUCCAGAGGAAAGGUCGGCUCAUUCCCCAGCGCCAGGCAUUGUGCCUCACUUGUUUGGAUUAUACUUCGACAGGCUUCUGGGGAAGAGAAGGAGGAGGGAGAGGAUAGAGCGAGGUGGCACGAAGUUCUCCCAGCUGGUGUGUGAGGGAAAGCGAGUACUCCGAUUCAGCCAUGGCGAGAUGGAGCUGGCUCUUCGUCUUGGGGCACACUCUUGCCACAUUCCUGCUGGGCAGAGCCGCCGAGGAGGUUAUCCCCAGGCUGACGUUACCGUACGGCUCACCGGAGAGAAGCUUUAAAACAUUUGAGGCAGAUGGAGUGACCUAUUUCACAACGCUACUACUGGGCAAAGAUGGCAGCGCACUGUAUGUUGGGGCACAAGAGGCCUUAUUCUCACUCAAUAGUACUGACUUCACGUCUGCUGAUUAUCAUUCAAAGAUUGCAUGGCAGGCGGAUGAGGAAAAGAAGAAAGAAUGUGCUUUUAAGGGAAAAGACCCUCAGAGGGAUUGCCAGAACUACAUAAAGAUCCUCCUGCAGCUGAACAGCACGCACCUGUACACUUGUGGGACCUUCGCUUUCAGCCCUACCUGCACCUACAUUAAAAUCAGUGAUUUCUCUCUGGAAAAGAAUGCUUUGGGGCACCCAAUUUUGGAAGAUGGGAAAGUGAGGUGUCCUUUUGACCCAGAAUAUAACUCUACUGCCAUCAUGGUUGAUGGGGAGAUGUAUGCUGGCACUGUCAGUAACUUCCAAGGGAACGAACCCAUCAUCUACAAGAGCCAUGACAGCAGGAUAACUCUAAAGACUGAGAACUCCCUGUACUGGCUGCAGGACCCUGCUUUUGUUGGUUCAGCAUAUAUCCAGGAAAGCCUGCCCAAAGGGAAUCCAGUGGGUGACGAUGAUAAGAUCUACUACUUCUUCAGUGAAACUGGGAAGGAGUUUGAUUUCUUCGAAAACACUAUUGUUUCUAGGAUCGCCCGGGUAUGCAAGGGAGACCUUGGAGGUGAGCGUGUCCUGCAGAGACGCUGGACAAGUUUCCUGAAAGCUCAGCUCAUUUGCUCCUGUCCAGGUGAUGGUUUCCCCUUCAAUGUUCUUAAGGACAUGUUUGUACUAACACCAGGAGAAGAGCACUGGAAGAGUACAAUUUUUUAUGGAGUCUUUACAUCCCAGUGGAACAAGGGAGGAGCAGGCAGCUCUGCUGUGUGUGCAUUCUCUAUGGAUGAGGUGCAGAAUGCCUUCAACGGGCUUUUCAAGGAAGUGAACCGUGAGACCCAGCAGUGGUACACUUACACUAACUCUGUGCCGGAGCCACGUCCUGGAGCUUGCAUUACCAACAGUGCAAGGGACAAGAAAAUCAAUUCCUCUCUGCAGAUGCCUGACAGAGUCCUGAACUUUGUCAAGGAUCAUUUCCUGAUGGACAGUGCCAUAAGGAGCCAGCCCUUGCUACUGCAAUCCCAAAUUCGCUAUCAGCAGAUCAGUGUGCAGAGAGUCAGGGGGCUGAAGAAAACCUACGAUGUCCUGUUCUUGGGAACGGAUGAUGGCAGAUUGCACAAAGCAGUGAGUGUGAAUAAAAUGGUUCACAUUAUUGAGGAGAUCAAGCUUUUUCAGGAUAUGCAGCCAGUUCAAGAGCUACUGUUAGAUCCCAGCAAGGGCCUCAUUUAUGCCUCUUCGCGUUCUGCGGUGGUGCAAGUUCCAGUGUCGAACUGCAGCAUGUACAGGAGCUGUGGGGAGUGCAUCCUCUCUCGCGAUCCUUAUUGUGCUUGGAACAAGAAAGGUUGCCACAGUGUCCCUCAUCAUACACACGACACCAAAAACCAACACUGGGUUCAAGAUAUAGAGGAUGCAAACACAGAUGCACACUGCAAGCCAAGUAACAGCACAGAAGCCAUUGGCCGUGCUGGCAAGCCCGAUGAAUCAGAGUGUCAGGAAAUCUCAAUGGAAUCAAAUCCAGCUAAUACCCUGCCUUGCAAGCUCCUAUCAAACUUGGCAUCUCGAGUAUGGCUGCACAAUGGGAAAGAGAUAGAUUCUUCAUACUUUGUUUUGCCGAGCGGUGAUCUGAUCCUAGUGAGUAGCCCUGACAGGGUAGGAACCUAUGAGUGCUGGUCGGUGGAGGAGGGCUUCAGGAAGUUAAUGGUGCGUUAUUGCGUGGGGACACAAGAAGGGAUAAAGGCUACUACUACCCAAAGAACAGAAACGGAAAAAGUAUUUUCGAAAAUUAGUGUCAUUGAAAAAAUUGUCAACGCUUCAUCAGUUUCCUCAUUCCCGAGCAAUACUGCAAAGCUGACAGGAAAGUCGUACUGGAUGGAGUUUGUGAUUAUGUCAACAUUGUUUGGUAUAAUGGUUGUCAUAUUAGGCCUGUUGCUCUUGUACAGAAACCGUAAAGAAAUGAAGUCCAUUUUGAAGCCAGUGGAACAUUCAGAUAAGCCGCCCAAAAAGCUCCGUAAAAAUGGCAUGCCUGCAGAAAGCUUGCCUUUAAAUGGGACCAAUGUGCCCAGUCCAGCAGCCGAUCAUAAAGGCUAUCAGACUCUAAAUGACAACUAUAUCAUCAGCACACCAAUUCAUGACCCUGUAAUUGCAACAGAAUCAGAAAAAAGGCCAUUGAGUAUCACUAGAGACACCUAUGUGGAGGUAUCGCCAGCCUGCCAAAGACCCAGGGUACGUCUGGGCUCAGAAAUAAGAGAUUCUGUGGUAUGAAAGGAACACAAACAGAAACUUGAUAUUAUUCUUGCAAGGAAAAGAAAAAACAGACAAUCCAAACAUACAGUCUGUGUUUCAAGGUGUGACAUACAAAAUCUUUUCUGUGUGUGCAUGCUAAAGGACUGUGUCUUGGAAUGAAAUGUUAUAUAUAUUCCCAGUAUUACUCGGGUUUUACUGUUAAACAAGAAGCACAAAAGCAUUGUGCUCUCCUUCAGUCUUCCAUUUCAUGUCUGCUCAACCUCAUCUUUACCAUACUUGACACAAGGUUGGACUGAAAGUAUGUUGUUUCUUCCAGCACACUAAGUACACAAAAGCAUGCAGGCAGCCUGGUAUGGCUGAUAUGGUGGAGAGGUGCUGGAGGCACCAUGGAACAUCUGAAGCCCAGAAUAAACUGAGACUGAGAUCUAGCAGUGUUCUUUCUGGUACGGAAAUGCACAGAGCGAAACCUGAACAAUUUUGUGAGACGGUGUAGAUACCUAGAGGGGACUGAUGCAAAUGGAGAAGAGCCAUCAGGCACAAAGGAGUCUGGAUAUGAUGGCCUGAUAACACAACACAUGAUCAGUCGUGCUGGCUCAUUUUAUCUUCUCUAAAACGGGAAGCUGAGAAACUUGGAAUGUUAUAACUUUAAGAACUUUAGAACUGACUUUUUGUAGCUGUUCAGUAGUGAUGUUGCUAUUACUUGUGUUUGCAAAAGAAUGUGAAAGCCACCAAUUUUGUUUGUUUAUGCAGCACAUACAACCAGCAUACAUUAUUAGCAAGUGCAGGGGCUUUCUUUCUGAAACCCGGAGUAGUGCUCCGAGGCUGACUGUCAUGCCAUACGCAUGCAAGGUAACCGCGUCCUGUUUGUUGGCUCCCCAGAUACUGGAGAACUUCAGCUUAACAGCAUUCCUUGUUUCUAUGAUGAAUGCAAUGUGUAGGAAAUAAAGGGUUAGAGUCAAGCUAAUAGUGUGUCCCAGAGUAGAUUUGGUAGGACCCUCGCUCUCACAUUUGAAAAUUAUCCUCAAUAGUUUUCUGCCAGUAAAAAAGUUAGUUUUUGUUAUGUUAGAACAGAAUUGCCCCUCGUGUUUGUAUAUUAGCUGGUGUUUGUAAUAUUUAUUUGUACCUUUAAACCUGCUGUGCCACUGACACUCAUGAAUGGCAUUUUGCUCAUCACAGAACCCACCUCCUCAGUAGCUAGAUACUAGAGGUAGCAGAGGUACCACUGGUUCCAAUUGAACUGUCACGCCUUAAACUUCUCUAGUGCCUUCAGAAUAGGUAAAGCAACACAACAAUAAGAUCUGGAGAUGCAUUUCUCAUACCUAUUUUCAUUGCUACUCCUGGUGCACUCCAUUUUGUUUCUUUGUCUGGGUUCCUUUCUACUUCAUUGCAACAAAAAGUAUCAGUGUCACCUACUUAGAAUGCCAAUUUUGAAUGUGGUUUUUGAAUUCAACAUGACAGGCUUAUAUUGGACUCAGAGUACAAUGAUCCAGUACAAGCAUUUCCCUGUGCCUUGGUGUCACAGUAGAGAAUGGACGUUAACCUUGAGCACAACAUUUGAGUUUGCCUUAUAUCCAAUACAACCUUUUCUGUUGCAGGAUUGGCAAAGCUAUGUAUUCCAACAGGAUAGUGUUAAAUACAUAGUUUCUGGGGAGCAAUUUAUUGCUAAUAGGGGCUAAUUAAUGCAAACGAUCUUCUCACUACCUACAUUCUCACAUGUGUAAUAGGCAAAGUAUUAACCUAUAAAAGUAAGCGUGAAAUGAUUCUUAUAGGACUCGGAGUUUUGCUUUAGCAGUGUACUGUGUGAACACCACUCGCAUUCUGAAACCUGCUUCAGAGACGCAAAGGCCUGUACGUGUGUACAAAGUAUUAAUACCUUAGGCCUUGUAGCACACUCCCUUGAAACAAGAAAAUAAUGUAAAUAUAAAGGGAUACAACUACUCCUUUCUACAUGAGGGGCUAAAGCUUGGCAGAUAGGUAAAGGUAGAAAGAAACUCUAAAUAACAGAGACUGCCCAAAGCAGCAAGAAAAAAAUGUAACGUGUGCUGUUAAGGCUGGACACAUUUACCAUAUGCAUGAUUCUAAAUACCUGUCUCCAGUCCUUGAUUUUGUAAAUAAGAAAAGUAAGAAUUCUGUGCCAAACAGUAGUGCUUGUGUAAUAUGGUUUGUGCUUUAUCCAGUAUCUUCUGUCAUGUACUUUGUUACCAUGGAGCAGGGGCAGCCUGGGCAUCUUUUUCCCUAAAUCAGGGUGAUCGCACAGGGAAAGACAUGCAACAACGUGCCGAUAAUACCUUUUUUUGUUUUUGGAAUGAAAGGAAAUGGCAAUGACAAAACAUUUCUAUCACAAAACUGUGUGAAAAUAAGCCUUUGUUUGUAUUUUUGCGUGAUUACAACAUUGAAAUGUGUUGGUCAAGGAAAUUCCCAUUCUCCCCAGUGAAAAGGUAUGUUCAGGUGCUUUGUUGCUUGCAGCAGAGUCAUUUCUCCCAGGUUAUAAAAGAACUCUGUGCCAUCACCCUCACAAUGUUUAGCCACACUUUGUUAGUUGUGCUCCUGUAUCAGGAGUCCUUGUGGCUGUUUGCAUGUUGUCUAAGUACGGCUUUAGGCGCAUUGUAAGUUAACAGGUUAAAGACUCCUAUGAGUAAGAACAGUUGGCCGUCAUGGCUAAAAUGUGAAGAAAAAAUAACCACUUCAUGCAGCCUGCUGUAACUCAGUAUAAAUAUAUCCAGUAUAACAUGCUGUUUCCACCCAGACAGGUGAACAUUCCUUUGUGUUUAUAAUGCAAAAUGAUCACGUUGUAUUUUUUUUUUUUUUUUUUUAUUAUUCAAGCACUUUAUAUUUGUAAUAAAAUUUCCAAAUGCGA